CAAGCUUUGUCGCAGCGAGACUCCUCGUCGAGACGCCAACUGGCUACAGGAAUACCACAAGUCGCGCGCCCGUUUUGCGGCCGGAGGAAGUGGUUCCUCGGCUCUACUACUAUCGACGAGAGAGCACAUCAAAGCAGAUCCUGACAACUCCACACCAAGCGCUAUUAGCAGGACUACGGGCAAGAGCAUCAUUCCGCUUGGCGCCGUCCGUUCGGUGUUCCUUUUGGCCGAUUUUCUGACGUUUGAAGCGUCCGCGCGCUCCGCACCUGGGUCUUCCACAAUCGAAGGCUUCCGCCCGCAGGAAAUCGCGGAGUGUGUGGACCAGUUUCUUCUACCCACCAUCGCCGACCGGAUCGACACGUCGCCGCUCGCCUUUGACCUGGCCCACAUCUACCGCAGCAACAGCGCGGUCGAGCGCGCGGCCGUCGAGGAACAAAGGCAGCGCCGCUGGAACGAACAGCUACGCAGGGCCGAGGAGGGCGAUUUUGAAGAUUUGGACUUUCUCGCAGCGGAAACCACUAAGGACCUCGCUGCAGCAAGGGGCAGGAACAGGGGAGCGGAGGUGUCUCUGGAAGUGCUGCACGACCACAAGGCAGAAGAAGUGGCGUCGUCUACAACGGGGGAGAUGACAAGAAACGAAGUCGCAGGGACGAGAAACGUC